AUGACUGCGAGUCGACCCGGCACCAAACUCGAACAAGUGGAGGUGAGUCAGUCAGACGUGGUAACUAUUCUUUACUCUUCAGAAACCACAGGGAAGGUGAAGGGAGUGAUGCUGACUCACAGAAACCUGAUUGCAAAGGCAUGGUUUGUGAAGAUGGGUAACCAAGUCAGUUCCAAUCUCAAGUACGCCCUUCUUCUAGAAACUUCUUUGGGAAAGAUGAAGCAGCAGCAACAUAGCAGCACCAUCAAGAACAACAAUAAGGUAACCAUUGACGUUCUUUCUUUUGAAGUAGCCAAUGUCAUGUCCAAAACGGUUCACCUUCACAAAUCCCUUUCGGAUUCUGAGAUGUCGAGGCUCAGGAAUGAGAUCUUGACCUCUGAAGCUGUUAGGAGCCUCGUUUCCUCCGACCAUUCCUAUCUCCUCGACCUUGCUCUCGUCGAGAAGGUCGACAAGUUGAACCGUGUCGCCAGUGUCGUUUCCAGGUUAGGGAAGAAGUGUUUUGUUCCUGCAUUGCAGGGAUUUGAGCAUGUGUAUGGUGACAUUGUGAGUGGGGUCAUAGAUGUCAAUAAAUUAGGGUUUUUGGUUAAGCAUAUGGAAGGUAUGGUGAGAAAGAUGGAUAGGUAUGUUAGUAACACUAAGAAUUUGUACAGUAAAAUGGAGGUUCUGAAUCAAUUGGAGCAAGCUAUGAACAAGUUUCAGAAUAAUCAAAAUGUGGAGAGUAGGAGGAUCUUUGAGCAUAAACUCACAUGGCAGAGGCAAGAUGUUAGGCAUCAAGGAUUAAUUUGUCCAUUAAAAAUUUGUUCUCCAUCCACGUCAGCAACCAAAACGGACACCUAA